CGAACUUGUUAUCGGGUUCUUCUCAAAUUCUCUCCACAAUCUUGAAUUAAAACACGAACAAUCAAAACAUUGCUUAAGGCCUAUGCUAUGAUCAUGAUGGCAUUGGCAGCAACUCCAAUAUCUGUCACAAACGACACCUCGUACCCAUCUCACCCACUUUCACUUCUGCCCAAAUGCACCUCUCUUAAGCAACUCAAGCAAAUCCAAGCCUUUGCCAUCAAAACCCACCUCCAAAAUGACCUUAACAUUCUGACUAAGCUCAUACAAUAUUGCACCCAAAACCCCACGCCUUCUUCAAUGGAGCACGCGCACCAACUGUUCGAUACAAUUCACCAACCACACAUCAUUCUCUUUAACAGCAUGGCUCGUGGCUAUUCGCGGUCCAACACUUCACUCAAAGCCAUUGACCUCUUCAUUCAAGCCUUAAAUGAUGGACUUUUCCCUGAUAAUUACACUUUCCCUUCUCUAUUAAAAGCUUGCGCUUGUGCUAAAGCUUUUCAUGAAGGUAAACAACUGCAUGGCCUUGCCAUCAAACUUGGGCUAAAUGAGAAUAUUUAUGUAUUUCCUACACUUAUAAAUAUGUAUACCGAGUGUAAUGACGUAGAUGCAGCUCGACAAGUGUUUGAUAAGAUAGCUGAACCGUGCAUUGUUUCAUAUAAUGCAAUCAUAAAGGGUUAUGCUCGAAGUAGCAGGCCUAAUGAGGCCUUGUCACUUUUUCGAGAAUUGCAGGCAAAGAAACUUGAACCUACUGAUGUUACUAUGCUUAGUAUUUUAUCAUGUUGUGCCUUGUUAGGAGCAUUAGACUUGGGGAAAUGGAUACAUGAAUAUGUUAAGAAGAAUGGUUUUGAUAAAUAUGUUAAAGUGAAUACUGCACUUAUAGAUAUGUAUGCUAAGUGUGGAAGUUUGGAUGAUGCCGUUUCUAUCUUUGAGAGCAUGAGGAUAAGAGAUACACAGGCUUGGUCAGCAUUGAUUAUGGCCUAUGCAACCCAUGGGCAGAGCUACAAAGCUCUAUCUAUGUUUCAAGAAAUGGAAAAGGCAAGAGUGCAGCCGGAUGAAAUUACAUUUUUAGGUCUAUUAUAUGCAUGUAGUCACACUGGGUUAGUAGAGGAAGGUUGCCAGUACUUCUAUAGUAUGAGUGCUAAAUAUGGGAUUAUUCCUGGGAUCAAGCAUUAUGGAUGUAUGGUGGAUUUGCUAGGUCGGGCUGGACGCUUGGACGAAGCUUAUAAAUUCAUAGAUGAAUUGCCAAUCAACCCUACACCCAUAUUGUGGCGAACCUUGCUAUCUGCUUGUAGUAGCCAUGGCAAUGUAGAAUUAGGGAAGCAGGUGAUUGAGCGAAUUUUUGAACUAGAUGACUCUCAUGGUGGAGAUUAUGUGAUUCUAUCAAACUUGUGUGCAAAAGCUAAGAAAUAUGAAGAUGUGGAUGCUUUAAGAAAAUUGAUGAUUGAUAGAGGGGCGGUGAAGAUUCCCGGGUGUAGCUCCAUAGAAGUAAACAAUGUAGUUCAUGAAUUCUUCUCUGGAAAAGGAGUGCACUGUGUUUCUACAACUUUGUAUCAAGCACUUGAUGAGUUGGUGAAGGAAUUAAAAUUGGUUGGUUAUGUACCUGAUACUUCUCUAGUCUCUCACGCUGACAUGAAUGAUGGAGAGAAAGAAAUUACUCUCAGAUAUCAUAGUGAGAAAUUAGCCAUUGCAUUUGGCCUCCUUAACACUCCACCUGGGACAACAGUCCGCGUGGUGAAGAAUCUUCGAGUUUGUGGUGAUUGCCAUUCUGCUGCUAAACUUAUAUCAUCAAUAUUCCAAAGGCAAAUAAUUCUCAGAGAUGUGCAACGAUUCCAUCAUUUCAAAAAUGGAAAAUGCUCUUGUGGGGAUUAUUGGUAGUGAACUUUCAAAACAAAAUUCCUAAUUAUGUCCAGAAUAUUUGCACCGGCUUUAGACUUUCGACUAUACUUCUCCAACUACCUGUGUAUGGAUGGGAAGCUGUUACAUUGCAUCUAGAAUCUCCGUGCAUUCAAUAUGUGCUCUUGGAAUCAUAUAUGCAGAGCACGUAAGGAUGUUUCAAAUUGGUGAUUCUGUAGCUUCUCAUCAGGUUUAUCACUUGGGCACCUGAACCAUUAACGCACUGCAGUAGCCAGUAAGUGUAAUUCUCUUUAUUUAUUUUAUACUCACUUCUGUAAAGAAACACUUUUUGCUUGUAAAGAAUGCUUCACACACUCAACAUGAGUUUCAAGAAAUGUGACUGAGAUAAAACAUCAUAUUUUCAUCAA